CGUCGAGGCUCGCACCAACGGCCGAUGAUGCAUUAACGCUCGGCGGCCCGCGAAUGCAUCCACUCCCCACGAUGCGUGCGUACUACGCGAGCCAGGAAGCUGCACUGGGGAAUGGUUGGUGUUAUAAAUGUGUGCAACGGGCAGCAGCUCAACCACAGUUGCCUGCAGUGUUGUCGUGUUGCAUGCGUUACAAGUUCGAACCGUAGACGCGCACGCGUUUAGUGUCACGUUCGAUCACGGGAAGUGCGCUGAAGUGAUAAUGAGUUACUGCAUCAUAGGCGCCGGCAUGGCCGGGCUGGCUGCCGCAAGACGUGUGCUCGAGGCUGGUGGUGAGGUGAUGAUCUUCGAGCGGAUGGAUCAGAUCGGCGGUACCUGGAUCUACACCGAUGAGGUUGGCGUCGAUCGGUACGGACUGCCCGUCCACACGAGCAUGUACCGAGGGUUGCGGACGAAUCUGCCGAAAGAAGUGAUGGGAUAUCCGGACUUCCCCAUACCGGCGCAAAGCGCUUCGUACAUAGCUUCGGAAGACAUCUUAUCCUUCUUGCGGUUGUAUGCGGAUCGGUACGGGAUCAAGCGCCACAUCAAGUUCGGACAUCAUGUCGUACAAGUCCGGCCGACCGAUGGGGAUCGUUGGAUCGUGAAGGUAGAAAACCUCGCGAAACAACAAAAACAUCAGUACGUGUUUGACUUCCUGUUCAUUUGCAACGGCCAUUAUCACACGCCAAAUGUGCCGGAGGUGCCGGGAAGGGAAGCGUUCCGUGGGCAGCAACUCCACAGCCACGAUUAUCGCUGUGCCGAGCAUUACAAAGACAAAGCAGUGCUCGUGAUCGGGGCCGGUCCUUCCGGAAUGGACAUUGCGCUAGAGCUGGCGAAAACGGCAAGCCGAGUAACGAUCAGCCACCAUAUGGAUCGUUUGACCUUCCCAUUUCCUGCCAACCUGACGCAGCAACCGGACGUUUCCUUACUAACGGAAACCGGGGCCAAGUUCACGAACGGCGCGGAGGAAUCAUUCGAUGUAGUUCUGUACUGUACAGGAUUUCGGUACAAUUUCCCGUUUCUCGGUGCGGAUUGCGGAAUUCAGGUGCAGGAAAACUACGUUCAACCACUGUACAAACAUUGCCUCAACAUCAACCAUCCAACGAUGGCGUUUAUCGGGCUACCAUUUUACGUGUGUGCCGCCCAGAUGAUGGAUCUUCAGGUUCGGUUUUGUAUGCAAUAUUUCACCGGCAAGCAGCGGCUACCGGCGGCCAGCGAUAUGCGGCAGGAUAUGGAGCAAGAAAUGGAGGAUCGUUUGCGGCGCGGGUAUAAGAGACGGCAUGCACACAUGAUGGGCCCGGAACAGGGCCGGUACUACGAUGAUCUGGCCCGGACGGGCAACAUUGAAACGAUCGCACCGGUAAUGACCAAGCUGCACAACGAAAGCAGCCAGCGGUUCGUGGACGAUCUGAUCCACUUCCGGGAGGAUGUGUUUGCCAUCGUUGACGAUGAGCAGUUUGUGUACGUGAACGGACCCAGGGAGGCGAUUGAGCUUUAAUGAGACAAACAAGGCGGAAAACAAAUUCAUAGCAACAACAAAAAAACAGUGAUCACCACUUGGAAGACAAUACACGGAUCAAAGACUCCCGAUAUGUCAAAACAUAUUCCCGGAAGCUAGAACGGAACGGAAAUUAAAAACAAAAGAUAGCUACUGGGCCCGCUUCUUUACGUAAAAGCGUGUAGGAAUCGUGUUAAAAAUAAAACAAACAUUCCAAGGCGAAUUAACUGCUUGUAGAACAAGUGUGGAGUAGCAGAUCGCUGUAAACAUCCAGCAGUUGCUGAUAGAAUUAUGCUACAGUUUUUAGCAGCACGUCGGUAGAAAUCAAAUAAAUAAACUGCAAGGCUGCACUAUAGCUAACAACAA